AUGGCUCUGGCCCUUCUCUCCGCCGUGGCCGCCUAUUUGCUCUGGUGGAAGGUCGUGUCGAGUCAACUGACGGGUCCACGUGUCUGGCCCCUACUGGGCAGCCUCCCGGGCCUGAUCGCCAACUCCGACAGAAUGCACGACUGGAUCGCAGACAACCUCGCCGCCGCCGGCGGAACGUACCAGACCUGCAUCGCCGCAAUCCCUUUCUUGGCCCGGAAGCAAGGCCUCGUGACCGUCACGUGCGACCCAAGGAACGUGGAGCACAUCCUGAAAUCCCGCUUCGACAACUACCCCAAGGGCCCCACCUGGCAGUCCGUCUUCCACGACCUCCUCGGGGAAGGCAUCUUCAACUCCGACGGCGACACGUGGCGGUUCCAGCGCAAGACCGCUGCGCUGGAGUUCACCACCCGGACCCUCCGACAGGCCAUGGCCAGGUGGGUCAACCGGGCCAUCAAGACCCGCUUCUGCCCCAUCCUCGAGUCGGCUCGACUCCGAGUCGAGCCGGUCGACCUCCAGGACCUGCUCCUCCGGCUCACUUUCGACAACAUCUGCGGCCUGGCCUUCGGGAAGGACCCGCUCACCCUGUCACCCGAACUCCCCGAUAACGGCUUCGCCGUGUCCUUCGACCGAGCCACCGAAGCCACGCUCCAGCGGUUCAUCGUGCCCGAGCUCGUCUGGCAGCUCAGGAAGAGGCUCCGGCUCGGGAUGGAGCCCACCAUGAGCCGGAGCCUCCAACACAUCGACAGCUACCUGUCCGACAUCAUCAACACACGCAAGCUCGAGCUUGCAGGAGGACGGUUUGAGAACGAUGUAAACCCACACGACGAUUUGUUGUCACGGUUCAUGAAGAAGAAAGAAUCCUGCUCCGACAAAUUCCUCCAACGCGUGACGUUGAAUUUCAUCAUAGCUGGACGCGACACGUCGUCCAACGCGCUGAGCUGGUUCUUCUGGCUGGUGAUUCAGAACCCCGUAGUGGAGGGAAAAAUCCUCGCCGAGAUCUGCACCGUCCUGAUGGAGACACGUGGCGAGCUGUCGCCCGAUUGGCUCGACGACCCACUAGGGUUCGAGGAAGUUGACCGAUUGAUGUACCUCAAGGCGGCACUAUCCGAGACGCUGAGGCUGUACCCCUCGGUGCCGGAGGACUCGAAGCACGCGGCCGCCGACGACGUGCUGCCGACCGGAGAUUGCGUCCCGGCGGGGUCGUCGGUGACCUACUCGAUCUACUCCAUGGGCCGGAUGAAGUUCAUAUGGGGAGAUGACUGUCUGGAGUUCAAGCCGGAGAGAUGGAUGUCGUCGGACGGCACCAAAUUCGAGGCAAAGGAUGCGUACAAGUUCGCGGCGUUCAAUGCGGGGCCCAGGAUCUGUCUGGGGAAGGACCUGGCGUAUUUGCAGAUGAAGUCGAUUGCGGCGGCGGUGCUUCUCCGACACCGACUGACGGUGGUCCCGGGACACCGCGUGGAGCAGAAGAUGUCGUUGACUCUGUUCAUGAAGUAUGGGCUGAUGGUGGAGGUUGGGCCGAGGGACCUUAGGCCCAUCGUGGAGAAGGUGAAGGCGGUGGAAGGCAGCCCGCCUAUUAAUGGGGAAGUUGCCCUUGCUAAGGGCAAUGGUCACGAGGGGUGUAGGACUGAUCAUCGAUUGGCGGCCGCGGUUGCUUGA